AUGGCUUCACCUUCAAGUGGAGUGCCCCGAGGUGCAAUAGCAGCCUUUUUCUCUCAGAUUCCCCCACUCAGCGUAACGUAUGGCGCCAUUCUCAUUGGUAGUAUGUUUGGCUUCAUCCUCUAUGGCUUGAUUUUGCACCAAUCAUAUCGGUACUUUCGCAUAUACACCACAGAUCCUUUGUAUAUUCGUUUAAUGGUCAUACUAGUUCUACUGCUGGAGACAACACAUGUCGCAGUCACAGCACAUAUAUGCUUCUCACACUUGGUAUCCGCGUAUUUCAACCCUUUGAGUUUGCUUGUCGGAGGAUGGUCGCUCGAUAUUCUACCUUUUCUAUCGAGUAUCACCAUCAUCGUGUCGCAAAUCUUCUCUAUUCGACGAGUUUCGUUAAUCGGACCGAUGCAGUCCUUCCUUGCCUGGGUGGUGUCCUUGCUCCUCCUCGGAGAACUCGUGCUCACCAGUGUGGUCAGCGUGAUCGAUUGGAUUGCGUUCAUCUGCGCUGUGGCCCGGCCUACCUAUCUCUUACUGGCGGCCCUCACCAUCGUAGCUUCCAGACUAUAUGGCACAACACUGCUUUCUGUCCUGAACUCUCGUCAAUUGCGAGGCAUGGAGCUCUUUGCAGGAGCGUCUAUGGCCAUCUCAAUCGCUCGGGCAAAACGGGAAGCGAGCAAGGACUUGUGGAAUACGCCCAAGCUACCGGACGCAACACCUGCCAAGAUCGACAUUGAGGUGACGACCGAGAUGGAAGGAGAGAAAUGA